AUGGCAAGUGUUGCGGACAGUGCAGCCCUGCUCAUUCCGCAGCUGCUCGCGGAGAAUGCCCGGCUCAAGACGAAAAUUGGCAUCCCAGACAAUGAGCGAGUACUGCAGUCUGUCUUGCAGGGGCAAAUGCAGCGAUUCUUUGACGAUGCGAGGCGCACGUUGGAAAAUGUCAUGUCAAACGCCGUUGUGUUGGGAAGUAAGGCAGAAGAAGAGGGAAAAGAAGAAAAUGAGGGUGAGACACAACGAGUUUCAGCGCUUGUGGAAACAUUACGCGUGUUGGGCGCGCAGAACGAGGAAAUGGUGCAGAAGCUGAGCGAGAUGCAGACACAAUGUGUGGCGGGGCUUAACGGCAAGUUGGAGGUGCUGACGUGUGAACGAGACACUUUACGCCAACGUGUGCUGCAGCUGGAAGAAGAACUGGCGGCGGCAAGUGCAGAAGCUACAGAAACUGGCGAGCAACCGCCCUCGUUGUUGGCAGAGUUGCGAUACCUGCGUGCAUCCGACGCGCUUCUUCGACAGCAAGUAGAGGAGCUCCGGCAGAGGAGUGAAGCUUCAACAGAAGAAGCCAAUAAGAAUGUCAGGGAAGGCCUUCAUGACACUCUGAAGCUUCCACGUCUGCUUGAGCACCUGGGGGAGAUGCGGACGAGACUGGAUCAGGUGGAAACAGAGCGUGAGCUGUUCCGCCUGCAGAUGGAGGAGUCACAGAAGCGAGGAGGGGUGUGGCAUGCAUUACGUGAGGCGCAGCUGGAAGAGAAGGUGGCAUUGGGUCAAUCCACAAUACAAAACCUCCUGACGCGUGUGGCGGCGGUGGAAGCACGUGAGGCGGAGGCACAGGCAACGGCGGAGACGCACAAGGAGACCAUUGCGCGGCUGGAGAACACCAUUCAGUCUCUACAGACGAAACACACGUCGUCUGAUGAGGCGCUGGCGUCCAAGCGACGUCGUGUCGAGAAGGAAAUACUCGAUAAUCCCAACUCUGUCCGCCGUGAACUCAUCACAUUUUGGCAGGAGGGAAGUGAUGAGUUGCGGCAGUUGCGAGAAGAGGUCGAAGAGCUGCGAGAGAAGGAGCGGGUACUGCGGACCACACAAGAAAAGUUGACACGGAUGGAGCGCACACGAUCCACCGUGACGAAUAAGUUAGUCACUCUCGCCGAGGAAAUUGGCCGCGUGCGGGAGGAAAAUCAAUCGCUGCGGGCACAAUGCGUGGGGCUUGAGGUGGAACGUGACUACCUGCGCAGCAGUCUUGCUUCUGCCAUCUCGCACCACAUGCAGGAAGAGGAACUGCAGCAUUGCAGCGCCGCGAUACGAGACGCCGCCGUGAAGGCUGCUGCGGCAAGUUUAAGCGUUGUGGCUGACCCGCAGGCCAUCCAGCAGGCAAUGCGGCAAUUGCAGGAGCUUAAGAAUGAGGUGGCGCAACUCACCAAGCAACGGGAGAAAAUUCAUCGCUACAUUACGCUGCACGAGGAACGCAUCACCGCCCUCAUUACACGUGAGGCCUUGUUGGAGAACGAGGUUACUCAGACCAGUAAUAGCGUUGCUGACAAUGGCUCCGUCUUGCAGAGGGUUAAGAGGGCGGAAAUGCAGGCUUUUGAUUUGCUAACUGGUUUGGCAGAAGAAGCCAGUGUCCACACGGAAGGUGGUAUGCGGCGAAGGGAGACGUUUCUCGGCAUGGAGCAGCGCAUCACAGAGUAUGAGCAGCAACUUGAGACGUACCAAGAAAAGCUCUCAAAAGUCAUCAAAGAACGCGAUGAUGCAAAGAAACAGUUCGAGGAACUGCAGGCAGAAAUGCGUUCCACGCUUACCGCACGCGAGAGUGCUAUGACAGAAACACUUAACAGCAAUGCUGCGUUAAUGAAUUCCACGGAGUCAUUGCGAUUGGAGAAUCAACAGUUGCGUGCAUCCUACAAUGUCUCUGUCCUAUUUUCGGAAAAACUGUCGACGGCUUUGGCUGGAUUGUUGGAACUCCUCCGCGCAGAAAUGAGUUUUGCUGCUUCUCUCAAUAACAUGUUGACGGAGUUGCGUGCAGAGAUUGUACAGCUCACACGACGCAGCGCCAAUGCGUGGAACACGCAUGAGGGUGAAGUUCAAGAAGUGGUUGAGGCGGUGAAACGCAUGUGCGGUUAUAUCCUUCAGGCGGUGGAGCAGCAGCAACGCGGCCACACGCUGGAUGAAACGGUGCACAUUCGUCACUUGAUGGAAACUCUCAAGAAGCAGGAGCAACGACUGAAGGAGACGCAAGAAAUGUUUACACAUGCAUGUCAAGAGUUGGGCGAAGGCCUGGCACAACGCAUCACCGCAGCGCUGCAGAGUGCAGAUGUGAUGUGGAAGAAGCAUACAGCAACGCUCUUGGAGGAACGUCAGCACCUGCAGGCGCAACUAGGAACCGAGAAGGAUCUCUUGGCAAGAAUAGAGCAAUCUAUGGCAGCUCCUGCCAAUACUAAUACUACUAAUUCCGCAACAACAACAACAACCGUCGACACAGGCGUGAAGGCGGCUGAAGAGUCACAUGCCUCUCACCACCAGGUAUUGGAUGCGAUCAAUCAGUUCCUCGCAAUAUCAUCACAGGAGGUCGCCGAAAAGGUUGGGGAAGAAGAGCAGGUGGAAGAGGAGGGCGGGGAAUACGGAGAUCCAUCGCGUGGAUUCUCCGGGGCAGUUGUCUCCGUGACGGAUGACACAGGUGAUAUAAAGGCGGCCGAAGAAGAAGGAGAAGAGGGGGAGGAAGAUGUCACGCAGUCCUCAUCCGGACAGAGGUGA